AAGAGACGGACAGGGCCGGCCGCUUGCUUGCUGUCGGUUCAGAAGGAGAAGGCAGAAAUGGCCGCUACUACUGCUCAGCCCUUGGGGACCCUGCCCAGUGGAGUGGAGAUCUGCACCACAGCCCCAGAUAUAUUUUACCUGCCUGAACUGGUGUUUGGAGGUCUGGUUUGGAUUCUGGUGGCAUCGACACACGUGUUCCCACCAAACCCUUUGGGAUGGGUGAUGUUCGUCUCCGUCUUCUGUUUCAUCAUGACCUUCCUCUGGCUGAUCAUUUUUGCCACUGGGGUUCACAAGAGCAGCUCUGGCUGGGCAGCUGCUGACUUCAUUUACCAUUUCCUAGCAGUGCUCUUCUACCUCAGUGCAGGGGUGGAUUUGGCUUACAUCACGUUUCAAAAUAAAGAGAACGAUACGAGAGUGUACAAGAUUGAUAUUUCUGCUGUGGUUUUUGCCUUUGCAUCCACACUUCUCUACUUUAUCCAUGCCAUCCUCUCUGCCAUCCGGUGGAAACAUUUCUGAAGCCACAGACUACAAGAAAUGCAGCACAUUUUAUCUGCAACAGUUCACACAAAACACACAUGUUUGUUCUUCAACCUCGUAGGGACCGUGCAUUGACUUCCAUUCAUUUUUUUAGACUUUACA